UCCUUUUCUGCAAUUUUUCUUGAAUCCGCACUUUGAUUUUAGUCCGUUCUAAAAAUAUAUGUAUAAUUAUUUAAUAGAAAUGGCUGCCAGGUUUAUUACAAGAUUGUCCCGGUCCGUUCCAUCUGUCUCAAACCGUUCCUACAGUAGUGAUGUGAAAAAAGUAACUUUAAUUCCUGGUGAUGGAAUCGGUCCAGAAAUUUCAGCAGCUGUGCAGAAAAUAUUCACAGCAGCUGAUGUACCCAUUGAAUGGGAAACUGUUGAUGUUACACCUGUCAAGUACCCCGAUGGUAAAUUUGGAAUCCCACCUGCAGCCAUUGAAUCUGUUAACCGUAACAAAAUCGGUUUAAAGGGACCUCUUAUGACACCGGUCGGAAAGGGGCACAGAUCUCUCAAUCUUUUGCUUAGAAAAGAAUUUAAUUUAUAUGCUAACGUCAGGCCUUGUAGGAGCUUGGAUGGUUAUAAAACUCUAUAUGACGAUGUGGAUGUUGUGACAAUUCGUGAAAACACAGAAGGUGAAUACUCUGGUAUUGAGCACGAGAUUGUUGAUGGUGUUGUGCAGUCAAUUAAACUAAUUACGGAAGAUGCUUCAAAAAGAGUUGCUGAAUAUGCUUUUGUUUAUGCCAAAGAGAACGGCCGCAGCAAAGUUACGGCUGUACAUAAAGCAAAUAUUAUGAGAAUGUCAGACGGUUUGUUCUUGAGAUGUUGUCGUGAAAUGGCUGAUAAGUAUCCUGAAAUUAAAUUCGAAGAGAAAUAUCUGGAUACAGUUUGUUUGAACAUGGUGCAAGACCCCAGGAAAUAUGAUGUAUUGGUGAUGCCAAAUCUGUACGGUGACAUUUUGUCUGAUAUGUGCGCUGGUUUAGUAGGAGGUCUUGGUUUGACGCCAUCAGGAAAUAUGGGACUUAAUGGAGCGCUAUUUGAAUCUGUGCACGGAACAGCCCCAGACAUAGCCGGUCAAGACAAAGCCAACCCCACUGCCCUCUUGUUAUCCUCCGUAAUGAUGCUGAGACACAUGAACCUUACAAAACACGCAGACUUAAUUGAAACAGCAGCCUUCGAGACAAUCCGUGAAGCCAAAUACCUAACAGGUGAUUUAGGAGGCAACGCUAAGUGUUCAGAAUUCACAAACGAAAUAUGUGAAAAGAUAUCCAAAGCAAAAUGAUUCCGCUAAUUGAAUCAUUGAAAGCAUUUAAAUUAAUAAUUAAAUCCAAUAGGAAAAUGUUAAUAACAAACAAAAGAUAGUGUAGAUUUUAAUUGAGAGAUGGACAGUCGAGGUUGCCAUGAUGUAAUAUUUUUUUUGUCUUGUAUAUUAUUUUUGUAACGGGUUUUACACAGAUUUUCAAAUAUAUAUAUAUAUACAUAUAUAAAGUAUUUUAUCAUUGCUGUUAAUUCGUAGUCAAUUACAAUGAUGUACAAAUGUAAAUUGAAUAUAAAUGUAAUUACUUAGUGUAUAUUUUUCAAAUAUUGUUUUUUU